UUGUCGAUAGUGUCAUCUCUAAUGAAAAAAUAAACACAAAAACGCGCACCAAUUUUUCAUUGAUUUACUUACCGUAAAAAGUGUGAAAAACCAACGAAAGAAGGAAUAAAAACGGAUUAUUUGUGGAUAUAUGUAAAUAGUGUAAAUAAUAGAACAAUUUCCAAGAAGCGUAAACCAAAAUAAAACGAAAAAAAAACAUAAAAAAACAAAAUGGCAACCGAAGUGGAACCGGCGAAUACAGCGGACAAAUUCUCCGCCAAUGCCGAGGAGUUGGAGAGUUAUUAUCUAAUGCUGGAGGCGGGCAAUAUUCCAGAGCUCCAGUGGCAAUUCCCCGGACGAAGGGAGCCCUCACCGGAACUGGUAGGAUCCGGCAGAAACAGCAAGGAAUUGGAGCAGACCUCGGAUGCAAUCGAACAAGAACCCCAAAAGGCCAACGACUUUGACUUUAGCGACGACGUUGCGCCCACCCAAAUGCGCGUCCGCAGCCAAACUUCCACGCCAAAGUCCGCUAAAAAGAAGACUGCCAACUUUGCCGGCGUCAUGGAGACUCUGAAGAAGAAGAACGCGGAGAGCUCCUAGCACACGCUAAAGUUCUGAUGCAUCCAGAAGAAGGGGAUCGGAACUACCACUCACCCAAACCUAAAGAUCACACUACGCGAGGGCCUGGUUAUAAAGGUCUGCAAAUUGUUGGAGAAACCCGAUGAACCCAGCUCCGAUGCUAAUAGAAGGAACUAGGACCAACGAAGUUGAGUUAUUCUCUUGAUAUGCUAACAACAAAUCAAGGUUCGUGGAUUUUUCUACUAUUCUGCAAAACAUUUUCCGAUAGUUUUGGUUUAUAUAUUACCUGCUAUAGAAAGGUGAUACGAUAAAGAAAAGUGGCUCAUCUUUUGAUGCUAUAUAUAUAAUUUAUAGAGUCCAAAAUGUCUUGUUUAAAUGUCAAAAAUAUAAUGCUCCGAACACAUUCUGUAAAUGUUAAUCGAAGCUUACUUACUUCUUUUGAUAAAAUAACUAUCCAUAGUUUUUAAUUGUAAUAACGUAUGUUUUAUAAUCAAGAAUUCAAAAAUUGAGAUCUUAACGUCAACCAGUUUCCAUUCAUAAAUUUGUACAAACAAUAAUAAUAAUAGUAAUGUUCUUGAAAAAUCUGAACCAUUAAUUAUAAAUAAAAGUAAAUUCAGAUUUAUAAUAAUUUUAAAUAACUAAUGUCAUAAGAUAUAUCUUAAAAGAAUUUAUUGAAAAAGAAUGGAAAUAAGAUAACUUCCAUAUUAGAAUUAAUUUUAAAAAAUUGUAUAUAUAUUCACACACAGUUGUGUAAGCAAGGCAAUGAAUGAUGAACUACUAGAUACUAGGUCUUAUAUAUAAGAAUUAUAUAUAUGUGUACCCCAGAAAGGGUGGAUUUAAAGAGUUGUAGAUAGUGAGACUUUAAUUGAAAACUAGGAGAUAAAAAAAGAAACACAAACCUCUUUAAAAGAGU